CCGCCCCCCUAAGUGACCAGAGAGAGAGCCAGCAGCUCGCCUGUCCAUCGCCAGCUGCCUCAACCAACCCACUCGGGCCAUUGACGCUGCGAGAGGAGGCGGGCACCGCUGUCGACUCCCUUCCGUUCCGUUCCCGUUCCGUCCUGCCGCGUCGUCGGCACCUAUCGGUCGACCACCGGCCAGCAGCACAGCGAAGGCGCAGCAGAAGAGAGAAAGAAGGGAAGCCAAAGGAAGGGAAACAUGGUCGCCGCGGUAUCGCAGGCUGGGGCCGCCCCGUGGGACGCCGUCCCUGCUCACGACCAGCUGUUUGUCCUCAUCACGGGCUCCAACAGCGGCGUGGGCCUUGGCAUCGCCCACCGCCUCAUCGACGAGUUCCUCGCCCAGCGGCCCCUGACGUCGCACCUCAUCCUCAUCGCGACGGCGCGCUCCCCGGCCAAGUGCCUCCAGGCGGUGCACGACAUCCGCGCGUACGCCGCCAACCGAGAUGCGGCCUCGACGCUGGCUGCCCGCGCGGGCCCCGACUACGUCCACCCGCGCGACACGCUCGCCCGCGUCCACGCCCUCGGCCUGACGCUCGACCUGUGCGACCUGCGCGGCGUGCGUGACUUCGCCGCCCGCCUCGUCCACGGCGAGGUGAGCAACCCGCGCGGCGCCGAGGCCCCCAUCGAGCAGGGCGGCGCCGGCGAGGACCUGCGCGGCGUGCGUGUCCCCCGCAUCGACAGCGUCAUCUGCAAUGCCGCGUUCGGAGGCUGGUCCGGCGUCGACUGGCUCGGGGCCGUGUGGUCCAUCCUCACAAAGGGCAUCGUGCAGUCGGUGACGUGGCCGACGUUCAAGGGCUCGCUGCCGACGUGCAUCCUCAACGAGCGGCAGGAGUACGGUUACCCCGUCAAGCCCCUCCUCGGCGAAGUGUUUGCAGCGUGCGUCUUUGGCCACUACAUGCUCGUGCACCAGCUGCUGCCUCUGCUCAGCCGUCCCGCGGAGACGUCGUCGUCGUUGUCGACGGACGCGGGGCCGCUGCUGCCCCCCGGACGCAUCAUCUGGUCGUCGAGCAUCGAGGCGUGCCGCGACGUCUUCGAUCCGGACGACCUGCAGUGCUUCACGCGCGACGAGGCCUACGAGUCGGCCAAGCGCCUCACCGACGUGCUCAGCCUGACAUCGUCGCUGCCGGGAUCGACCCCCUCGUCGGAGCGGUGGCUCACGCCCGACGACGCCGCCGUCGCCUCGGCGCGGCCCGUCCGCCCGCGCGUCUACGUCUCGCAUCCGGGCAUCGUCGCCAGCACCCUCUUCCCGGUCCCGUGGUUCCUCAUGUGGGCCUACACGCUCGCACUCGUCAUCUCCCGCUGGCUCGGCUCCCCCUGGCACACCGUCGACGGCUACAGGGGCGCCACGGCCGCCGUCUGGCUUGCCCUCGAGCCCCAGCCCGCCCUCGACGCUCGCGCCGCCGACCGCGUCAAGUGGGGCGCCAGCGCCGACCGCCACGGCCGCGCCGCCGUCAAGCUCACCGAGGUCGAGGGUUGGGGCUGGGAGGGCCGCGUCGAGGACCCCCGCCACGACACCGCGCCAGGCGUCCUGCACAAGGCGCGCGGGCGCAAGCACGGCACCCUCGACGCCGUGCGCGAGGACAUUGAGCGCUUUGAGGAGCUGGGUGCCCGCUGCUGGCGCGAGAUGGAGGACCUGCGCGCCCGCUGGGAGGACAUUAUCGGCGACGACUGACUUGCUGACUGACCCGAUCGUGCGAGCUUACACAGGGGGGCGGUGGUGGUGAUGCUGGGGAGGGCUUGCUUGCGAUGACUGAUGUAGAAGGUCUUUGUAUGCCGCGGCGGAUGGACAUGCGAAGACACUCCACACACACACACACACACACA